AUGGACAAUCCAACGCAUAUAAUUGAUCCCGAUGGAGAGGUGAUUCUCGUCUUGAAAGAUGCCAAUCUUCCGUUCGCAGUGUGGCCGGACGAGAAGGGGGAUGAGGGGGAGAAAAGGUAUUUCUGGAUUGACAUAACAUCUGAAGUGCCCAGUCAGGAUAAUGCACAAGAAUCAGAGACUGAAGUGGAAGUAGAGGAAGAAGAAUGUUUCCGCAUACGAGUCUCUGCCAAACACCUCACCCUUGCUUCACCAGUUUUCAAAAGCAUGUUAGUUGGAGGUUGGAAAGAGAGUAAUACCUUCCUUAACAAGGGAUCUACUGAACUCGCUGUGCAUGGAUGGGAUCCCGAAGCUUUCUUGAUAUUCUUGCGGAUACUUCAUUGUCGGAAUAAAGAGGUACCUCGUAAAGUCAGUUUGGAACUCUUUGCAAAAAUUGCUGUUCUGGCGGACUAUUAUGGGUGCAGAGAUGCAAUGGAAUUUUUCACGAGUGUGUGGUAUGAUGAAACACCCGGUGAUUUGAUCUGGAAUCGAGAUCUUAUGCUUUGGUUAUGCAUCGCAUGGGUUUUUAAACGAUCCGAGGCUUUCAGGUCGGCGACCCAAGUUUCCAUUCUGAAUAGCACGACUCGGAUAUCGAGUUUGGGACUUCCACUUCCUGCGAAAUUGAUCGACAAUUUGAAUGAGAAAAGAGAGAAAGCCAUCCAGUCGGUCCUUGCUGCACUUCAGAAACAACGGAGCAUCUUUCUCGGUGACAGCUGGGCCUGCGAAUAUGCAUUUGAAUGUACAUCAAUGUUGCUGGGUGGGCUUGAAAAACAGAUGUUUGCCAAUGGUUUAUCACCCGAACCAGUCCCUCCUUUCGUCGGUUUCAGUUAUAAGGAUCUGGUCAACAAGAUUCGGGCCUUCAAGGCACCAGAAUGGUCUGACGACCAUUCUUGCAUUCCCUCGGGUAGAGGCUAUGACCAGCUCAAGCUGUCCACGGACAUGCAAGGACUCAACAUUAAUUACUACUCUUGAUUUUCGCGUGUCUCAGCGGAUUUCCACCUUCACCGAGUUUUAAGCUGUCGUCGUUAUAGCUUGCCCGGAUCAGAUAAGGUAUUUGUUCUUGUCGGAACGUGAAUGUCGACCCUACGCGUUUCGGCACUGGAUAUUAGUUAGUCCGACGCGGCACAUGCGUGCCGCAUAUAUAUCUAGCUAGUUAUCCCCUUAUUCUUGGGGGGCAGUCAUCAAUAUCAGGAAUUCCAUACC